UGAACAGUGAGCUGUAUAAGGGUCGGUAGGGGAGGAAAACUAAAUGUUUCGUGAGUUUGCUGUCUAUUGAAUACGUAGUAAUCUACCACGAAAUUCAUCCCAAGUAGUGGAUCAUAAUGAAAUGGGAAACUUGGAAUCUAGCGCCAAAAUUAACGUGGGUCAACUCCAGGGAUUGAGUUCUCGUGAGCUGAACAUCAGUCGAUCACUGGGAUAUGAGGAGUAUCAACAGCAUCUGAAACAAGACAGUCCAGAUGCACUGGUUGAUUAUCCAGUGGAGUUGCUGACCAACAUCUCAUUCUACGAAAAGUUUGAUGCAUCAUUCAACUGCUUCACCUACAUCCCUUCUGAAUUUUCCAUCUACCUUCCUCAUCUGUCAUUUGUUGAUCUGAGCCACAAUCGCCUGGUGUAUUUACCAGAUUCUUUUAGUUACUUGUUCCACUUGAAGACAUUGCUGUUAAACAACAACAGAUUACAAGAACUUCCAGAAACAUUUUGUUUGCUUGCAAGACUUCAGAAAGUUGAUCUGUCACACAAUCAAUUGAAAUGUUUGCCACAGACUAUGGGAAAUAUGGAGUCACUUCAAAGCUUGAACGUCAGUUAUAACGAACUGGAGUCACUUCCUUUGACUUUAGGAAAGUCAAACUCCCUGAAACUAAUCUUAGCAAUCUUUAACAAAUGCAAAUGUCCGCCACAGCAGAUUUGCAAUCAGGGCUCAGAAACAGUCUUGGCUUAUUUGCGGAAUCAAAAUCCUAAAGAACCUGAUGAAAAGCUUGUCAUAAGACGAAAUGAGUUUCCUCGUGUAAGGGGUGAUGUUUUGGUGCUUGCUCCCACAAACCCUCACACUGCUAGGGCACAGUAUGUUCAAACACAGACAAAUACAAAUGCUACCAGUCGCAUUAAAACACCUCUUAGGCCACCACCAAAUGCACAUUACCUUCCUCCGGAUGAGCUGGUGGACAAGAUAGUUGGUUGUCUAUAUGGUGCAGCGAUCGGUGAUGCUAUUGGACUCUGUACAGAGUUUAUGAUGCCUGAUGAGUGCCGUUUUCAUUAUGAUAAGGAUAUGUUAUCCUGGGAGCACAUGGUUAAAGACAGGCACAGAAGUAAGUGGCAGAAAGGAGAUUGGACAGACUCAUUUGACCAAACAGUGUUAAUCCUUGAAAACAUCAUUCACUGGGCUGGUGUUGUUGAUGAACUGGAGUUUGCUAAGAGCCUCCUUUCCUGGUGCAAACAUGGCUUUCCUGAACUGGGUGAUACCGUGGGGCGAGGGGUGAGGGGUGUUCUUGCCAAGGUUGUGUGUGAUCCAGAGUUUCUGAGUGAUCCUCAUGGUGCAGCCAGAUCAGUGGCAAACAAGUUAGAAUCCCCAUCUAAUGGAGCAGUAAUGAGAGUAGCAGCUCUUGGUAUUGCUCAUUUCCAUGACUUAAAUGAAGUAGCAACAAAUGCUGUAAGGAUAUGCAAGGCUACUCACUGUGAUCCCAGAUGCAUUGCAAGCUGUGUUGCUGUAUGCAUUAUCAUCGCAUUGAUGUUGCAGGGACAGCAUGACUUGACAAGCAAGUCUUCUCUGGAAGAAAUGCUAGAGAAAGCUAAAGAACAGGGAAAGCUUCAUUUAAUGGAAUCUUUUCAUCAAAAGGAUUUUUACCACUAUUUUAAUUGCCAGACGUGGGAAGAUGUGGAAUUCUGUGAACCAAGGCUGACAGAUUACACUUUGAAACCAUUAGGAGCUGGUUUGGUCGCACUCAGAUCUAUGAAAGAUUACAAGACAACAAUAACCGAGCUUGUGAUGCAGGGAGGCCAUGCCACCUGUAAUGGGACAGUAGCGGGCGCCAUGUUGGGGUGUAAAGUUGGAUACUCUGAACUACCUCGGGACUGGAUUGAUGGAUUACUACCAAAACAAGUCACAUGGCUUAAUGCCAAACUUAAUUCAUUGCUUGACAUGAUGGCUCUGCCGUGACAGUGUGAACCACAUAAAAGACCACGCUCUUGAAGGUUUAUUAGAGUGGUGUUACGUCACACGGACACACUCAAAUGGCUGGCACAUACAACAAACAGAACGCAAUCUCCAUUUUGAAAACAUCUUGUAUCAAGCUAGAAUUAAGGAGGUGUGGAAAUCUGUUCCCUCUUACGAGGCAGUCGACUUUAACCAA